AUGGUGUCGGCGGCAGUGGUAACGGCAGCGGCUGCGGUUGAAGUUGUCCAUCAGAACUCUCCACACCUCCCCUCCAUCGCCGCCCCCGCCCUGUUCACCUCCAGCCCGACAAACGCACGAGUGGAGAGUGGCGCUGAGAGUAAUGCGUCACAGGUGUUGGCACCGGAGGACACUGUUAGAGGCAGUAACGAGCAGGACAGCAGGGGGCCAGUAGUGGGUGGUGGAGGCCACACAGGCAGCUACAGAAGUGGGAACUACCCAGACGCCAACAGUCAAGUCGAUGGUAGUGGUAUUGAUGGUGACAGUUCACUGUUACGUUCCGAUAACAGAACUGGAAACUGUAGCAGUGUCGGUGAUGGCGAUGACGUUGAGUCUGGAAUGUGCGAGGAGGAGGAGGAGCAGGGUGGCGAGAUCAGAGACAAGAUGUGGCGGGAGUGUCCAGGGCUGGCGAAGUCGCGGCUGGCGGAAGAAGGGUUCAGGAGAGCCGUGUCCUUGGGGCUGGAGCAGUGUGGGCGGCUGUGGUGCAACCGUGUGGAGGGAAACGAGGAGCGGCGGCACCGUGGCGGCGUGUACUACGUCGUCCAACUUGGCCACGUGGCGGAGCACGAGCACGAGUGUCUCCUCAACAUCAGUCGGAUGAUCGUGCUCCAUCACUCGUGGCCAAUGUGUGUCAGCGACUUCGUGUGUGCCACCAACCACUCCACCUUCGACAUGUCGGCGUCGGACUGCAUGCCGUGGCAGUGCUGGGCGGCGGAGACAGCAGUGCUGGUGUUCAUGGUGCUUGUGUCCACUUGCAUCGUAACCAUGAGUGUGGUGAUCAUGACGGUCAUCAUUGCCUCCCCACAGUUCCACAAGCCCAAGUAUUACCUUCGCUUCUCUCUCGCUGCCACUGACUUUUUAAUCGGCGUGAUUGUGUGUGGCCACGCCGCCUACAACCAGUGGGUGGGCCUUACUGAAAUCCCUUUCGGUAGGUUUUUGGAGUACGCCAACUUGAAAGCGGGGCAGCUGUUUCGACACGUGCCUAACUGCCUGUGGGGCGUGUCGGACGUGCUCACGCAAAUCAGUGGCUUCUUCGUGUCCUCCAACAUGAUCAUAUCACUCUACACUCUCUCCCUAAUGAGCCUCGACCGGUACCUGCUGCUCACACGCACCCAUUACCGCACGCUCGUCACCUCCCGCCGAGUCGGUGUCGCUCUCCUGGUGUCGUGGAGCUGCGGCCUCUGCGUCCCGUCGCUACACUUUGUUUAUCGGCCUCAGAAGCAGGACGACAUAUGCGUCAAUUACGACACGUCUUCGCUGGACGUGCAUAUCAUCAACAACGAGAGCAAGAUCGCCACAGCAGACUACAAGGUGUACCUGAAGCAUGCGGUACCGCUGAGCGUGACGGUGGUGGUGGUGGCCUUUCCCAUCAUCAUGCUCCUCGUCUUCUCCUUCAGGACGCUUCGUAAGUACAAUUCCUACACGCGGGAUCGCUCGGUGCGGCAGGUCAAGUCGGCGCUGCAGCUCACCCAGAGCCACUGUUCACUCUCGCGGCAGGUGAGCAGCACCAGCCUGGCCGCCAUGGUGGCCCUCAGCCCGUUAGCCACCCCUGAUCGCACACACUUGGCCACUGCCCGCGCGCCGCCCACCUGCUGCCACUCCUCGCCUCCUUCCUACAAGCUCAAAUUCAUCUUCAGAAAAAGGAAGCCAGAGAACAACGAUGGUAAAAUGUACGACGCCAAGACAGCGGCCUCGUCCUUGAACCUCGCGCAACGCCUCAGCGGCGGAGCACAUGACAAGAUGACCAACGGAGGCGUGACGGAGGCAGAGCCGGCAACGCAGGAUAACGGCAGGGAACGAGAAGGCAGUGGCGAAGGAGAUGGAGUUAAUGGUGGAGGUGGAGGUGGUGGUGGAGUAGGUGGAGGGCGGGAGUCAAUUCUGGGGGCGCUGGGACUCCGCCGCCUGCUGGCCUCUCACUCCCACAGCGAUCAUGUGGCUGCCACUAUCCGCCGCCUACGAGGGAGCGUGGUGCUGGGCGGCUGGGGUGCUGAGUGGAUGACGGGGCGAGACAGGGAGAUCACUUGUACCGUGCUGGUGAAUGUGGCCGUGUUCAUGUUUGCCUGCUUCCCACUGCUGGCGGUGGGCGGCUGGAUGAUGUUCCUCUACUUCACGCAGCAGGAGAGUAUCAACAACCGGGCGCCCCUCAAACAGCUGCUUUUCGUGGCCCCGUGGCUCAUGGCGCUCAACAGCCUCUGGAACGCCCUCCUGCACCUUGCCUACAACCACAAAUUCCGCAGCGCCGCAGGACACCUCAUCUGGACCGCCUGCCGGAGACUUUGUCGAGUGUUCAGUGGCUGCGGCAAAGAGUGAAGGAAGGGAAGGCGGGGGUUGACAUAAUAGGUUGUGUAUUAUCGUACCAGAGAAUCUGUUGUUACUGUGGUACGAUAUGUUUUAUCGAGUAUUUCAUUUCUAGUCGUGCAUAAACCGGUAAAAUGGACAGUUAAUUUUCAGUCGUGUUAUACAUAUUUGGAUGUGUCAUACAGUAUAUGUAUAGCGUAGCACUUCUCGGGGAAUAUGUACGUAUGAUUAAGUUUAAUGUGACCAUUGCCGUCUAUCUAAAGUUUAUGUAAGCACCGCCUCUAUACUGGCGGUGUGUCGGAAGUUUGGCACCACUGCUACUCUGGCGCCAUUCUCAGGCUGGUGAAUACGACCUCCCCGCCCACACCCCUCCCCUCCGUGAAGCCUCGAGUCAGAGCGGCCUUCCGUCAAGCAGACACAAACAAGAACACACCUCAGUUAAUGCCUUAAACACCAAAUGAUUUUGAUGUUGACAACCAGCAGGAACACAUACACACUACCACUAUUAGCCGGUGGCUCGGUGUGAUACAACAAAGAUCCAAGAACGUUCGUCUUACCUUUGAAAAGAUGCGAGAUCGACCCUGCUCACGGCAGCUUUUUGGUGGGAGAGUUUGUAUUCUCUCAUCAUCAUAUUACCAUGUUGCGGUGAUAUAACUCAAUCAGUAAUUAUCUUCCUUCAGAUAUUGUUACUAUGCAUUCCAUUUUUCUUCCUCAUACAACAACGACAAAAAACGUAGUACUUCCACUACCAUACUGCUGCUGCUGCUGCUGCUGCUGCGGGCGUUACAAUCUUUAAUUAGAAAAAUUACUUAUUAUCUCGUUGUACGAAUGCCUCGCUCAUCACCCGAGUAGGGCGACUGAAAUAUACCAUGUACUGUACGUACAUUUCCCCCCCCCCCCCGUCUCUUCUACGAGUACAUACUUACAAUACAUGGUGGUUGUAACGACGAAACGUGUGUAUCUGUAUGUGUACGUACCUUUGUUGUUUUGUGUGCACCAUUGUCACCUACUGUGUGUCGACUAAUCAUGAAAAAUGAAACCAGAAUAAUCGUUCAUCGUUGAUGAAUAUACGAGCCUGUGUGUUUACCAGAAGGGAGGAAGAGUAAUAGUCGAUGAGGAAGUGACUGGCAGCCGUACAGAGCGUCGGGCGACGGAGGGACGAAUGGUGUGUUGGAAUUUUACGAUUUACUAUUUGUAUACGUUUUAUAUGAAGUACAUUUAUUGGGUACAAUUAAUAGUUAUGUAGUUAUAGGAUAGCAGGAUGUAAUACAUGGGAUGUCAAGAUCAAUGCAGAGGUAAAAACUGCAACUUCCAGACGGAACACCUUUCCUCCCUCGUGAGGGUUACAACACGGCAGCGUGCAUCCGUUAUGUGACAACCUAGUCAACAGCUUCAGUAUUCUUGGGUAUUUCUAGUACUCGUUCCUUGACUAAUUUAUUCAUUUCUUCUCAGUCCUCCAUCACCACUGCGCUAAGCAUCUUAUUGGUUUCUUUGAGGCCGUGCAAUAAAAUCUGUGACACCAUUCAUUAGAGAUGGAAGAGACCAUGAGAGAUGGUAUAAUUACGUGUUUUUUAUGUCUCGCCUUGUUUGCCUCUCAGAGUAUAGUGGGAUCUUUCGGUUGUGACACAAAUGUACUAAACCCAAAGUCACGAGGGUGAUGUUUCACAGUGCGACUUUCGCGUUUUGCCUAAUUAUAAUUCAGAUCGUUAACAGAGAGCUAGGCAUUGUUAGGAAUCCGCCGCACUCUCUCUCUCUCUCUCUCUCUCUCUCUCUCUCUCUCUCUCAUUUCCCUAUAUUUAUAUCGUUUACUUUCCACAACAUUGCGCAUGACUUUAAUCCGUCGUGUAAGGGUGUUUUCAAGUAUCGUUAGUAAUGGCUCGGGAAAACAAUUGCUCAGCGGUGUAUAUUCAAAUUAUGAUUACAAAUUAUUAUACCUGGAUGUAUUUUCUUAGUAGUAUUAUAUUAGUGAGAUGUGGGUCAAGCUCGUGUUGUCCUGUCUCCAUGUCUUGCAUAAGUUUCGAAGUCGUGGGUAUGCCUUGCUUACACCACCUCCGUCUGCGCACCAUUCCAGCUGUCAGUGAUUUUACUUAGAGGAAAGAAUCUCUUUAUAUUGUUUUAUCACUUCUUUUUGUUUGUCCCUGUGUCCUGCAGUUCUCCGCCAUUCUGCAUCAUCAUUUCUUCUCUUGCUCUUUUUUGAUAACAAAGUUCGAUCUUAUGUAAUUGCACCUUUUUUCUAAUCUCUCUCUCUCUCUCUCUCUCUCUCUCUCUCUCUCUCUCUCUCUCUGUGUGUGUGUGUGUGUGUGUGGACCUAGGCGCCACUGUCAAUAUAUCAUAAACGCCAAGCUUGACGGGAAGGAAAACAAAAAUAAUGGGAAAUCUACCUUGUUGGUUUACCGGAAAAUGACCUGCGGGGGUAAUUAUAAAAGUCAGCGGCGUGAUUAAGUUUACCUGGAAAAGGUUAUUAAGUGAUUGAUGAUACGCCGCUCUGAAAGAAAAAAAAAAAGAGGCUAAGGAGUGACUCAGUGAUGAUAGAGAGAGAGAGAGAGAGAGAGAGCAGCCUUGACGACAGCUAACCUCUCCUCAUUUAAUAACCUAUCCUAACCUAACAACCUAUCCUAACCUGACGACCUAACCUAAGCUAACCUCCGGGAAAAUUUGUCAUCAGCACGGCAGCUCAAGUGUAGCCUCAAGCGCGAUGUGUACGACAGAGGUAUAAACUCAUGUAUACGUAUGUACUGCACUUACUGUUGCUAAUAUUACGCGAACAUUUUGUAGCUUAGUAAUAAUUGUUGUUGCUACCAUUAUUAUUAUUAUUAUUAUUAUUAUUAUUAUUAUUAUUAUUAUUAUUAUUAUUAUUAUUACUACUACUACUACUACUACUACUACUAUCACUACUACUACUACUACUACUACUACUACUACUACUACUACUACUGUCACCAUCUACUACUACUACUACUACUGUCACCAUCAUAAUCAUCAUCAUUAUCAUGAGUUACACCACCACCACCGCCAU